UGCUAUUACAGUUCGUCGAACGGGGAACGUUCUAAAAAAAAAUUUUAAAAAACACCUGUGGCUCUUAAAUCGUCGUCACAAAUGGCGAGGUACCUGCGACCCCCAAACUCCUCUCUGUUUGUCCGGAAUAUCUCCGAUGAGUCCAGAAUGGUAAAGAUACAGUUCUGGAGAGCCAGCCCCCACACAGAAAAGUUACCAGGUAGACUAGCCAAAGCCAAAGACCAAGCGCUAGCAAAAAAAAAAAACAUACACAGCAAAAGCAUCAAGAUGCAAAGAGGAGAGAGAGCGGCCAUUUUGUCUGCCAAAGGGAGCACCUCCAUUUUAUGGGCCAAAGGGAGGAAAAGCGGGCGAAAAGUGUUUAUUGGGCAAAGACAAGUGCUACUACGUUCUUCUGCCAAGGCAAAAAAGAGCAAGCUCAAGUGCAAAGAUCAAGCGUGUUAAAAGGUAAACAAGACAAGCUUUUUUUAACCACGUUCGAAGAUGUCAGAGAUGCUGAAGACGCCCUCCACAAUCUGGACCACAAGUGGGUGUCUGGGCGCCAGAUCGAGAUCCAGUUUGCCCAAGGAGACCGCAAGACUCCCAACCAGAUGAAGUCCAAAGAGCGACACUCCCCUCGUAGCUUCUCGCGCUACGACGACGACGACCGCGACGGGCGCCGCAGACGUUCUCGCAGUCGUAGCUACGAGCGCCGCCGAUCGCGCAGCCCCUCGUACGAACGCCGGCCGCGGGGAUCGGACAGUCCCAGAGACUCACGCUCCUACACCCGACACAGACGCAGCAGAAGCCACGAAAAUGACAAGCACAAAGGCGGCCAGCACGAACGCCACAGAACCCAGCAGGAGGCUGGCUCCCGGAACAGCUCGCCGUCCCACUCCAGACCCAAGGGCAGAAAGAGCCCGUCCCGGUCGCAUAGCCCCGCCACCCAGGAAGAAGAUUUCCACCUGGCCCCUGGCUCCCGCAAACGCUCCUUUGGCCGCUCCCCGUCGCGUUCCGGGUCACGCUCUGUAUCCCGCUCGCGAUCGCGGUCCCGCUCCUGGGCAGAGUAUAAGUCCGGAGGCCGCUAAACGGUUAACACUUUUUCAGAACUUUUUUUGGGGGUGGGGGGGGGGGUUGUACAUUUGUGUUCCGUGACUCGUUUUAUGAGGUACAGUUUUCCGACUAUUAAAAUCUUUUUAACACAAUGCCCUUAACUUCUACGCAUUGGGUCCCUAUGAUUGGCUAUUAAUUACACUGGAAUCUCCUAUCCACAAAACAUUUUGUGGGCAAAAGACUUCAUAAGAGUUUGACAUCAACAGAUCAGGUGAGACUCCAGCUGAGUGAAUCAAAUGUUUUGCUUUGUGUGUGGGAUAACUAUAGCACAGGAAAGUAAGAAUUAGGGUUAGCAUAUAGUUGGUUGCUCAGCCUAACAAAAUACCAUUACAGCAUAAUGCUAAUGUAAAUAUGCCUUUCAUACUGUACGUUACAUAACUUCAGCAAUACCCCCACAACGCCACUAGAAGGCAGUAACGCCCUAUGUCUGAAGAAUCCCCAGCCACACUUUGUACAACUUUUAUGUAAAUGCUACUUGAAAAUUGCUAGUACUGUUGAUACACAAAGGCGCUAAUUUUAGCAACCUAACAUUUCACAUGGCCAUAUUUUUAAAUGGAAAUCAACCGUAGUCAUGCACCUGCGUUGGCAUGGCAACAGUUUAUGGUCAUGAUCAGUAUGUUGGCAUUUGUACAAUGACUGGACUAACCAACUGUUCUCUUGUAGUUCAAUAAAAAAAAAAAUCACCUCUGCCAAAACUGUAUUGUGAGUAUAAAACUGCUCUUUGGACAAUACCAAUAAAAUGUAAAAUCAA